CUGUAAUAGCACAUGAAAAAGAUCAAGUUGACAAUUUAAUAUAAACGUCUUGUUCCUAUGACUAAGUUAAUGAUAACGAAUGUUUUUUAUUUCACGUUUAAAAUAUUUUUAUAAGAACGAUGAAUUGGUUGAUGACGUAAUGCAAUUCAUUCGAUAUAAUAAUCUUUUACCAUAAUAUAAAAUGGCAACAUUUUGGUCAGGAAGACCUGGUUGGUUAGGAAAAGUAGGAAUAGCAUUAUUAGCUACAUGGCUUUUGGUACUAAUAGUAUCUGUAUCGCAUAUCCUUAAGGCAAAUAGUUUGUCAUCUAAUAAUGAAAGUCCUACAAAUAAAGAAAAUGCUCAACGUUUGGCACAGAUGGUCAAUGAUUUUGAAAUUCUCAAGAGGCAAAAUGAAGCAUUAAAGAAUAUCAUUUUGGGAGAAAGAUCAAAAUCCAUUCAAGGAGACCAUCUAGGUUCCAUACAAGAAAAGCUUGAAAAAGUAUCCCUCUAUGACGAAUUGUUGGAUCAUAAAGACAAUGUUAAACAUGGCAUUCCUUCUUCUGAAUACGAAGAAUUACGACGUAGGGUAAGAAAUAAUGUACAAGAACUAUGGUAUUACAUUAGUGCUGAAUUAAAUAAGCUUAAAAAAACUAUUGAUAAACCCAGUUAUGAACAAAAAGAGAAAAAAAUACAAGAUAUAAUAAAAAAUCUUUGGGAUCAUAAGAGAUCUCUUAUUAUAGAUAUUGAUAGAUUAACAAAAGCAGAUGGCUAUGAUGAAUGGCGUAAAAAAGAAGCAAAAGAUUUAUCUGAUCUUGUUCAAAGAAGAUUCAAGUAUUUACAGAACCCUAGUGAUUGUAACAAAGCAAGAAAAUUAGUAUGUAGUUUAAAUAAAGGCUGUGGAUUUGGUUGUCAGCUUCAUCAUAUUACAUAUUGCUUCUUGGUUGCUUAUGGCACAGAAAGAACACUGAUAAUUAAAUCAAAAGGUUGGAGAUAUCACAAGGAUGGUUGGGAGUCUGUUUUCAAACCAUUAAGCGAUACAUGUAUAUCUAUAAAUGGUGCAUCACAUGCCAAUUGGCCUGGUGAUUCUUCUAAACAAGUAAUCUCUUUACCAAUUGUGGACAAUGUUUAUCCUAAACCAAGAUACCAACCACCCAGUGUACCAGCAGAUUUAGCCCCAAGAUUAGAAAAACUUCAUGGUCAUCCAUUAGUAUGGUGGGUAGGUCAAGUUCUGAAAUAUUUAAUGCGACCUCAGGAACAUGUUACGAAAACGUUGAAUUAUGCAAAAGAAAGGCUUGGUUUUAAAAAACCUAUUGUUGGAGUUCAUGUAAGAAGAACCGAUAAAGUUGGUACUGAGGCUGCUUAUCACGAUAUUGACGAAUAUAUGAUUAAAGUUGAACAGUACUUUGAUGAACUUGAACCAAAACCCGAAGUAAGAAGAGUUUUUCUAGCCAGUGAUGAUCCAAAAGUGAUUACAACAGCCAGAAAUCGUUAUACAAAUUAUGAAAUAAUAGGGGAUCCGGAAAUCGCGGAAACUGCAUCAGUUGCAAAACGAUAUUCGGAUUCUUCUUUACAAGGUAUAAUUAUCGAUAUACAUCUUUUAUCCGAAUGCGAUUAUUUGGUAUGUACGUUCAGUUCUCAAGUAUGCCGUGUGGCUUACGAAUUGAUGCAAACAUAUUAUCCCGAUGCUUAUAAUCGAUUUACAUCGUUGGAUGAUAUUUAUUAUUAUGGAGGUCAAAAUCCUCACCCCCAUCAAGCCAUUCUAGAUCAUCAACCAAGGAAAAGUGGCGAAAUAGAACUAAAAGUAGGAGACUUGGUCGACGUAUUUGGUAAUCACUGGGAUGGUUAUUCUAAAGGAUAUAAUACUCGAACCAGUAUGACAGGUCUAUUUCCAAGUUUUAAAGUGAAAAAUCCAGUUGAUGCUGUAGAUUUUCCGAAAUACCCAAACGUUCCUUUAAAUGAAAAUAAGAACGAAUAGUCACAUUUCAAUCAUGUAGUAAUCUUGAAAAUGUUCAGAUUGCUUCGAAAAGAAUAUAACUUGCCUUUAUAUUUAAAUUGUUACAAAAAGUCAUGUACACUUAUAUAUUUUACUACUAACAAAUAAUGGAUUUAAUUCUCUCGUAAAUUGAAAUUAUCACGAGUUGUGAGACAAAGAAGUUUAUGCUGCUAUUGCCUACACAAAUGAUGUGUUGAAUUUCAAGGAGAUUGUUUAUAAAUAUUUGAGAAAUAAUACCAUAGAAAAUUCUUAAUAAGUUUACGAUCUCUUACGAAUUGAAUUAAAAAAUAUAAAUAAAUUAAAAAAGAAGAAAACAAACACAUAGUGAUCCAAUGUAAAGGUUUUAUAUAUUUUGAUUGACGUUGAAAAAAUUUUACUGUUAUGUUGAUAAGAGAUUUUAUUAGAAUGUGACUGUAUCAAUGUAUUACAUUGCAAUUGUUCAAUAAUUUUAAGAUAUUCUUUUGUAACACGUGCAUUUAAAAUGUAUGAAACAUGUUUGACGAGGUAUAAGAUUUGUGCCAAUGCAUUUGAUUUUUCAAGUAUUAUUUAUACUGGCAAGCCAAUGUUCAUAAAAAAUAUACAAUGAAAUAUAAUUGACCACAUCUUAAAAUAAGAAUUUUGUAUUACUAGAUUUUCUCACAUCUCCUGAUAAAGGCUUGCGUUAUAAGUUAUUGUCGUAACGUACAAUUUGUACAUAAAAUAUACGAUACGAAUGUUAAGUAUAUAACAGUUUUUUAAUAAUACUAGAGCUUAUACAAUACGCAUAAAAAAUAUUGCAUAAAAGUAUCUAUAAUAAGCAUAAAAUGCAUAGACAUCGAGCUGGGCUUGAGGCCUAUCUUAUACAAAUAAGAAUGUUUCCUGUAUACACAUUGUAAUAUAUUUUAUACUUGUACACCAAUCGCGAUUGAGAAUUGUUAUGAUAUUAUAGAUUCUGAUUUUGGUUUUUAAUAAAUAUUUAAUUCAUGAA